ACAGCCAGUCUGACGCAAGCAUUGAUCGCCGUUCGGCGCGCUGCGUGUCGCGCACGUGCGGUCAAUUGGUGCUCUCUAGUAUGGACACUUGGACCUGAAGAUGUUGUCCAGAAGUCACAAGUGGAGCGUCUAGUCGCAUCGGACUUCUCCGUUGGCCCACCACCAAUUCGUCCACGCCCGUUGAAGAAUUAACU